AUGUCGGUGCAUCCGGGAAGAUGGCAAUGGCAACCAAGUUCAGAGAGCCGCUGGGAGUGGAUGCCUCCCGAGACGAGCUCGCAGCUGUCUGCUUUCCAGAGUGAGGGCCUCCUCACCGUUCAGUGGCAGCCAUUUGGCGAUGUUGAAGUGGACGUGGGUGCCGGUGUUGCUCACCUGCAGGGUCAGCAGCUUGGCAAAGUCCGGCAGGUGCCAAACUGGUGGGGAGCGGAUGCUAAUCUGGCAGCUGGCGUACUGGCGGCGUGCCAAGUCCAGGACAGAGGAGAAGUCGAGUUUCUGCUGGGCGUUGAAAGCAGGCCUUGGUGGCCGACCCGGCAAGUGGGCCCCCUUUGGGGUUUCGUGGAGCCAGACGACCGGGGUCUGACAUCUGCUAUGGCACGAGAGGCUUUUGAGGAGAGCCUUGGGGUUCUUGGAAGCCAAGAUCAGCUCCAAGCCUGUUUGGACUCCGAAGCCUCAGCUCCGGUUUCUUUCUGGCCCUGGCAAUCGCAGGGUCGUCGUAGUCCACAGCCGGCUGUUCUUCGCAUGGUCAACUUGGGCAGCUUGUCUCACGGGCAGCAAGAUGCAGUCCGCGAAAGCUUCAGAAAGCGGCGCCACCGAGCUUUGGCUGCUGCUUCCUUGGCUGUCUUGGCUACGGCUACAGGGCCUACAGGGUCAGCACAGCCCUCGCAACCCCCAGCAUCGCACUUGGAAGUGGAGGAGCUCAUUUGGGUAAACUCGCAGUUCCUGCUGCAAAAGGUGGAGGAUGGACAGACCCCAUGGCUGGGUGACAGCGGUGGGGGCUCCCUGCGUGGCUUUGCAGGCGAUCUUCUGCGUGAGGGCUUGCGCUGGAAGCGGAGUGCACGCUUCCGUGACUUCUGCCGAGGAAGGUCUGAGGCGCGCACGACGGCUAGUUCUGUCAAUCUGUGUCAAUGUAUUGUUUCGCGUUGUUCCGCUGUCAAUGUGUUCGUUGAGUCUGUAAUGACCGACAAGGAUGGGCAACAGAAGCUGUUCCUGGCAAUGGUCAAGGACAAGAUUGGGAGCAAGAGCCCCAUGCAGAAGGUGGAUCUGUCCGGGUUUACUGACCUGUCGGCGGAUCUGUGGCUAAAAGGCACCGUCACGCGGCUCCUGAAUUUUGGUGCUUUUAUUCGGGUGGAGCCGCCAACUGGCGGGCAACCAGCUCAAGGUCUCAUUCACAUCAACGACAUACGCGAUGGUUUUGUCAGCAAUCUGGAGGAGGAGCUUUCAGUGGACGAUGAGGUUCAGGUUCGCGUGAAGUAUGUCGAUCCAAGCGAGGGAGUGCUCCAACUCUCCAUGCUUGGCUCCUGA